CACAAAACUGGUACAAGCACACUGAAACUCUUAAAGUGGAAACCGGCUACCAUUACCACUUUUGGACUUUAGUUUUCAGAUAACACACACUUACCGCACUUCCCUCUUAGAUAACGGUGGCGCCCCUUUUAUUAUUACCGGCUAUUCAGGUCACCCUCUUCCUUGCUCUCUCACUCUCUAUAUAUAUCUUAAAUUAAAAUCCAAACAUCCCAUCGAUAUUUCCCAGUGACUGUUUUUUUAUACUUUCGGAUUCACAUUCAACCCGACCCGAUUCUAUUGUUUGAGAACACAGAGAGAGAGAGAUGAUACUGGUGGCGAUUGUGGCUGAGGUGCUGGAGGAGUACACGGCGUUGCUGGCGAGGGUGGUGGAGCAAGUUUUCCGUUCCGCGCCUGUACCGCGACGGGUUCGUUUUCUGAUCCUCCAUAGCCUUCCCUUUGCUUCUUCUCGCCCUAGGAGGAUUCGAGAUCCUCCCCCUGCAUAUUAGUUCUUCCUUCUUCUUCUUCUUUUCUUCAGUUUUUUCUUUUUUUUGGGUGUAAUUUUGUGAGUGAUGGUGGCUCUCCAUCUUUGUGUGCCAUUAUCGAGCUUGUGUAAAUUUUUUUUGUUUUUUUAUUUUUGUGCAUGUGACUAAGGAUACAUCGAGUUUUCGGUAGAUCCUUCAUCUGGUGGCAUUUGGCAUUUGUUUUAUUUUUGGGUUUGAUGUUUCUAAUUACAAAUGAUAGAAGUUAUCUCAUUUUUUUGAGAAAGACACACUAAAUAAAAAUCA